GCCAUUAUGAGAUAGAUCUAUAGAUCUAGAUCUCUAGUAAUCUAAAUCAAUUAAAAUUGUUAAUUACAGUAAUUUUUAUUUAUUUUUUGGUAUAGACUAGAUCUAGACCUACUUGAUCGUACAUCUAGGGAUGGUACUAAAAAAGUAACUCAAUGUGCUGUUGAAAAUGAUAUUUUUAUCAAUGCUUGUACUUGUUGAGAUGCUGGGCCAAGCUAAAACUAUGGUGCCACUUUCGCACAGUAGCCCACUAAUUUGUCAGACUGUAUGUAACUGUGAUAUUAAAGCUGAUGGGCUCAUUAGUAUCAUUUGUAAUAUUGAAUCUCUGAGCCAGUGGAAUUCAUUGUGCCAAGAGAUAUCAAAGAUUCCAAGGCAGACUCACAGCCAUGUCAAAUUGAAACUCCAAGGCAAUUUUUCCCAGUUAAAUGUAAAGUUUUCUUGUAUGUCCAUUAUUCAUACUUUAGAUCUUUCUCACACAUUUCUGAUUCCUAGGCCUGAGAUGUUUGCAUCAAUGAAUAGUCUUUCUGUUUUAAACUUGAGCUUCAACACUAUUCAGAAUCUACCAUCCAAUUUAUUUUCAAGCCUUGCUUCAUUGUCGUCUGUAGAUCUAUCUCAUAAUGCGAUCCAGGAGCUUGAUGAAAAUAUUUUUAAUGACACUCAUUUGUUGACUGCUAUAGACCUAAGCUACAACAACCUGAAAGCUAUUUCCUAUUUGACAUUGUCUUCGCUAAAACACCUUCAGGAAAUAAACUUGCAGAACAACAGCAUACAAGAGUUUUCCUCUGUGCACAUUUCUAGCUGUAGGAACCUGAAAAAGCUGAACUUGCAUGGUAAUCAACUAAGAGCUUUUCAUGUACUUGGCAAUGAAAGUGAAAUAUCUGCAACAGAGAACCUUGAGUAUCUAGAUAUAUCCAGUAAUCCUUUAGAAUGUUCAUGUACACUCCUUAAACUGUUACAGCAUCUUCCUGACCAUAGGAAGACCUUGGUCUCAGCAGACAAAACUAUAUGUGAUAGCCCACCAAGUUUGCAUGGAAAAAGCUUAGAUGGUGUCAAUGAAACACUACUAGAAUGUACUGCCCCUUAUAGUCUCAAAGUAUGGCCAGCCAAUGAAACCUCUGCUCUGGUUGCAAGCUCUUUGGUGUUUCGAUGCUCAGCUAACGGUUACCCCUCACCAUCAGUCAUGUGGGUGACUCCCUGGGGGGAUAUGUUCUAUAGUCAUCAAAAGGACAUCUUGCAGUAUAAAAGCUUACACAUGGCUGAAGAUGAAGAAGUGUUUACAUUCAGAACAUAUGAAGAGCCUAAUGUUGAUAUAAGCACUACCAUUCAUAUUGAUAGUAAAAAUAACUUAAUAGUAAACAAAUUUAGAGGGAGCAUGUCAGGAAACUUCACAUGUAUGACAUUCAAUGAGGCUGGAAAUUUUUCACUUCGGAUUCAGAUCUCAGCUUUUUCUAAGAUUAAGCCUGUAUUUGUUCAAAGUUUGUUUAUAGGUGGAUACUCAGCCUCUGGCCUCCUUAUUAUAGGGAUUUUUGUAGGUGUAAUUAAGUCUUUGGUCAAAAGAAUUCAACACAAGUUUUAUUUCAUUGUACCACUGUUCUCUAAAUCUGCGCCUCAUCAUGAGCCUGAUACAACCAGUAAUGCUGCUUCUGUUGAAGCAUUUGACAACAAUGAAGAUGACAAUGCAGGUUCUGGAAAUGACGAAGAGGCACAAUCUGGCUACUCUCUUACAGUUGAAGAUGCACUAUACUCCAGUAAAUAUGACACUACAGAUGUAGGUAACAGCCCAAAGGAGUGGACACCCAAAGCCCUUUUAGAAUAUUUAGAGGAUUCUAAAGGAAGGCUGCGCCAUGGUAUGGGCCGUAAAAUGCAGCGUGUCAGAAAAAAUGUCCAAUCUAUCAAGGAGAGUGGCAGUGUCUAUGUGCAUAACAUUGUUGAGACUGGUAGCUCCGCAGCCAGGACCAUGAGAGCUGGUGUUGUCAUGGGCGUUGAGACAGUGAAAUACCAUGUGCAGUCUUUUAAAGAGCUCUGCGGCACUGGUGAUAUGGGAACGCAGACCAUUUCAAUGGUCUCUGUUGAAACAGAUGUAGAUUCAAACCAGAGCAAGGAAAUAAUCAAACAAGUGACCUUUGUCUGACAAUAGUCAAUUUUUGCUUAAUAUGCAAACUAGAAAAUUACAUACUAAUACAUGUACCAUUGUCUUUGAUUACAUUAUGUCAACAUCUAUUGUUAUAAUUCAGUCUUUCAGAUGGCAUUAAAUAGUUGAUCUAAAUAAAACUACCAUACCUCUAAAGUUUUAUGUGACAAACAAUAACAACACUGCAGCCCUAUGGCUGCAUGUAAUAUUAUCUAACUUUUGAAGGCACUUCUUUUCUAUAAUUACUAUUGAUAAAAAUCCACCUUUUUUUUUACUUUUCUGCUUGAGAUUUUAAAACUUUAUAGCUGUAAUUGUAUUUUUAAUUUCAUUAUUUUGAGUACCCAGUGUGUCAUAGCUGUGAUUGGUAAUAAGGUAUUUUAGUGGGUAUGGUACUCAUUUUAGUUCAAUACAAUAGCCAGGUUGUUGUUUUUUCAAUGGUAGCCUUAUUUAUAAAGUAGAUUUGUAAAAAAAAAUGUUUUAAUUCCUUUGCCUUUGAAAACAAUGUUUGUAUUAUAUCUGCUUCAAUGUGUCUGUUAAAGAAUUUGUAAAAGAAGUAUGAUAAGAACAAUAAAAUACAUAUAGUUGAAACUUUCAAAAAUGGAAUGAAAAUUUUUUUUUAUUUGCAUUAUGAUUUAGAAAUAGAUUUGUACAAGUAAACGACAAACAUUUGUUUGUUUAAGUCAGAAAAGCCUAGAAACUGUUUAUUUAAAAAAAAACUUUUUUUUUGUUUUUUUUCCAAAAUAAUUGUACAAACCACAAAUUUCUGCCAAACGAAGACAUUUUCAUACAUACUGCUUUAUAAAGAGAUUUAUAACUAUUAUUUGUGUAUGUAUAAAAUAUUUUCUAAUUACCACUCUACUACAAUUUUUAUACAAAAUUGUUUUAUGUUGACUGUGAUCACAUUAAACAUGUUCCAGUGCCAAUUUUGGCUAGUGUAACAAAUCACUCCAGCCUCAUGUGAUAUGAACAUGUAUACAAAUGCAUUAUCAAAUGCUGCAGCUC